UAAAUUUGGCGGUUGAUACAGAACUUCAUCCAUCUUCUUCUUCCUCUAACUACAUCCUCUUAUUCCUCUCUGCGUCUGCGUGUUUUCAGUGUGUGAGAGAGAGAGGGUAAUCACGAAGCUCCAUGACGAUGAAAGCAUUAUCUGUAUCGAUCGGCGGAGGAGGUAACAUCAUCUGUUCUCAACGAUUAAAUCUCUCCGGCAACCACCAAUUUAUCUCUUUGAAUCAGUUUUCACCGUUAAAUCUCCGACGGAGCUCCAGCAGUCUUACUAAUCAGGAUCAUUUUCUCGAAAGGCCUAAAACUUACCUUAAAUUUAAGCUUGUUAUUGCUAGAGCGGCCGAUUCUACUCAGGCGCCAGUUCCUGCUGCAGUUACAGGCGGCAAAUCGAUCGUCGAAGACGAGGAGUUUUCACUCGCAAAGAUCUCCUUUGGUGUAAUUGGACUAGGUCUUGGAUUAUCACUCCUCUCCUAUGGUUUUGGAGCUUAUUUCAACAUCCUCCCUGGAUCUGAAUGGUCUGCAAUAAUGUUAACAUAUGGAUUUCCAUUGACAAUUAUCGGAAUGGCUCUUAAGUAUGCAGAACUCAAACCUGUCCCAUGUUUGACUUACUCUGAUGCUCAAAUCCUGAGAGAAAAAUGUGCCACUCCUAUCCUUAAGCAGGUCAGAGAUGAUGUCAUAAGAUAUCGUUAUGGAGAUGAGCAGCAUUUGGAGGAGGCUUUGAAACGUAUUUUCCAGUAUGGUUUGGGUGGAGGUGUGGCAAGAAGAAAUGCUCCAAUUCUAACAAAAAUCCGGGAAGAAGUGACUGAAGAUGGUAAGUAUUGUUUAGUGUUGGUGUUUGAGGCAAAAGCACUUGAGUUGGCUGACUUCGAGAAAAGACAGGAAAAAUUUGCUUCUUUUUUUGGCCCGGGAAUAACAGCUGAAGUUGGGAAAGGAGAAGAAGAGAAAACAUAUGAUGUACGCCUUAUUUCAAACACAACACUGUAAUUAUUUCAUUAUGGCCUUCCAAACGUGUUCCCUAGAUUUUGCAUAGCAUAUGGGAAAACUUUGUAUCAUUGAUUGUAUAAAAACUAAAAAUAUUUCCAUAAAA